GCAAAACAGUUCUAUUUAAUCAGAUGCCAGGAGAUAGGGCUAUUCUCCUUAUUUUUAAAAAUGAAAACUAUUACUGUACCUUACAGCCUUGAGCAGAGUGAAGUGGGGUCUGGCAGUAUGAGGUGUGGGAGAACUCUGCAUAGCCAAGUGCUUUAAUAAAAUGGGUUAUUGCUGACCUUCUUUUAGCAUUUCAUUGCCACAUGGGUUAAUGGAAGUAUAAUUCCUGUUAGCAGCACAUAUUACUCUGUUAAGCUUAUAGAAUUUUGUUGCUAUGGAUUAUUACAGGAUCCCAGCUGUGCACUCCAUUAACCAAGAACAACAUCCCAAAUGUUCUCAUUUAACCAAAGUUUUCUCAUGGUCUCACACAAAGUGACCUUGGCCGUUGCCCUUUCUGGGUAGCACAGGACUUUGUUUGCCUAUACUAAGCUCACUUACUGCGCAGUUCAGUUUCGAUCAAGUGCACGUGUUCAGUCUGAUCUCCCUGCUUGGAUCUGUCCAGAAAGAAUGUCAUACAUUCAGUAGUUAUCACAUGACAUUUGCUUUCACACAUUUUGUUACAGAUUGUUGACAGCUUAAAGUUGUUACGACCAAAACAUCAGACUUGGUGUACUAAAAGCACAGUAUGAGAUUUACCAAACCACAACCUUCUGAUAUAAGAUUUGUUUUUCUCUUGGGACCCAAUUUAAAAGACAUUGAAUUGUUGAAGAUCUGGGAAGAUUGUCCUAGAUCUUAAGUAUAUGCACUUCUAAUGAUGCAUAGGGAAGCAUCAGCUUCUUGCUUAGUUUUAACUCUGGCACCUUGUGCUGUCCUGCCGUGUGCAGUGGUAGCCAGCACGGAAGUUUGGAGCUGUGCUCUGUCUCCUCUGCCCUGCUGUCUUUAUGGAAAAAGACUGAGCCUGUCUUCCCAGUACCGAAGAGAGCAGUGUGCUACCAGUCUUGUGCGGUAUGGAAGAAGGCUCUGAGUAUAAAACCCAAAUCUUCUCUCCAAAAUCUCCCUUAAGCAGCAGUAGGACAUUCUGCACCGUGGCUCUGACACAGCAGCAGCCACUGUCAGCUUAGUAGCAUUGCAGUGACUAAGCCUGUGCCUUCCUAAGCCUGCUAUCAGGAACCAAAGAACUGGAAGAGUUCCUCUCUGUAAUUUAGAGGGCUUGUGUGCGUCUCAGUUUCCAAACCACACAUACACUCAGAUCCUUUUUAGUGGUCUCCCUGACCUUGAACUGCCUGCACUUGAAAAUGAAUGGCAGAGGUGGACAAGAAAUUGAUUCAAUUCCAAAACUGGGGGAAAAAAAUCAUGAAAAUACCAUGUCAAAGGAUAGCCUUUCUUUGCAUGGAAACGAGCUGGCUGUUUCACUGGAUGCAAAUCCCUCUUAACUCUGAAUUUCCAUAGCAACUGGACUCGGCCUAUUGGCAUCUGCUUUUCUGAGGGAAGUAUAAAGCACCUGCAUCAAGUACUCUGAGAAGCAGGCUGACAAAAAGGUAAGUGUCGUGUUGUCUUACAACAUUCUAAGAUUGUUAUCUAGAUAGACCCGUGUUUCUGCCUUCAGGAAUAGUUUAAUCCAGCAGGAUUGCCAAGAGGCAACACAGAAAAUGGCUGCUUUUCUCCCAGAGGGCUUUGGUCAAUAAGGCAUCACAUUGCCAGCUGUAUAAUGGAUCCAUUUGACUGCCUGCUGCCAAUGUUGCAGCCACAGCAAGGGAAGCACGUCAGAUGUUUCGCAGACCAACAUAACUUUUAGGAGAUGGAGACAACAGCAUGAUAAAUACAGACCUAUGUUUAGCUAGCUCCACGUUGCAGGUAGCAUUCACACCAUUACAGAAAGCGGUGUGAGCUGUAAUUUAACUACAUUUAUGCAGUUCUGUGAUUGCUGUAGCUAAAGAAAGCAGGAAGGGUGAAGUCACAGGGCUGAGAUCCUCUCUGUUCCUCAAACAGAGGCCCAUUUUCCCCAGCAGAGCCCUGUCCGUGUCCGUGCCUUGCAGCUGGGAGCCGCAGACAAGGGGCCCUUAUUGCCUGCCGUUGUGCUGGUGCCCGAAGGGACACAGCUCUUUGUAGAUGACGUUCUUACAGCCCUGUGUCUGCAGCAGGAACGUUUCUGGGUCAGCCCAUCCCCGGGCUCGUGGGGCUGAGUGACGACUUGUGCUCAUUUCUGACAGAAACGAACCACAGCAGCGUGCUUUGCGGCUCUCCGGCCGCCUGUGUCCUCAGGUAGGUUGGUGUCACCAGCGGACUGGCACAGCGCUGCUUUUUGGUCAGCGCCGCAUCCCCGCGCUGGCUCAGCAGCCUGUUUACAUGUCUUUUUCGGCUCACACAAGGACGGAAAGCCCGUGACCACAGACAGCAGUGAGGGCCUGCCCCGUGCCCUGAGGCGACGGGCAGCAGGGCAGCGCAGCCCGCACCUCUUACCGCCGCGCUUCCCUCAGCGCCGCGAGGCGCGCUGGGAACCACCCUGUCCCUCAGGGGCAGGAGGCUGCGGAUUGGAGGAGCCGGCGUCACGUGCCCUCUUUCCGCCUUCUCAUUGGUCCUCGCCUCAAUCCGUUACCUCUGGGCUGAGAGGAGAGGGCGGAGGUGUCCGGCGUUGCUCAGGAAACGGCCGCUCCGGGCAUGGCGGCGGGGCCUGCCCUGCGGGUGAUGCUCGGAAACAGAGCCUUGGGAACAGCCGGCAGAACCGCCUGGGGUUGCGUUGAAAAUGCUGGGAGAGACAAAGCAGCUGACAGCGAGGAGAGAGCUGUACACAGACCCUGCCUUCCCUGCCAGCGACGCCUCCAUAUUCUUUGAUUCCUGCACACCGCUCGCCCAGUUCAGGGGUGAGAUAUCGUGGUUGAGACCUCAGGACAUUUGCUCUACUCCUCGGUUAUUUUCAAACAAUCCACAGGAUGUGCAGGUGAAGCAAGGAAUCCUGGGAGACUGUUGGUUCCUUUGUGCCUGUGUAGCUUUGCAGAAGAGUAAAUACCUGCUGAAUAAGGUGUUCCCUCCAGGGCAGCCCAGCUGGGCAGAUGAGUUGUAUCAAGGCCGUUUCACCUGCCACGUCUGGCAGUUUGGACACUGGGUGGAAGUAACCAUUGAUGAUCGUUUGCCUUGCCUUGGUGGGAAACUCUGUUUCUCCCAGUGUCAAACAGAAGAUUUGUUUUGGCUUCCACUAUUGGAAAAAGCCUAUGCAAAAGUGCAUGGAUCUUACGAGCAGCUGUGGGCAGGACAGGUGGCAGAUGCUUUGGUGGAUCUGACCGGAGGCAUUGCUGAAAGAUGGGCCUUGAAAGACCCUGCAAGAAACACAGGGAAAGAGAAGUCUGGCAUGGUUUUGAAGAAAGAAGUGUUUAGGAGAUUAAUGGUUUUGAAAGAGCAGUGUGUGAUAAGCUGCUCAGUCCUCAAUUCCAGACAAGGUGCAAGUGAGCUAGGAGAAUUUCAUGCUUUUAUAGUGACAGACAUGUUGAAUCUUUCUGAAGUGUCAGGCAAGGAAAUCAUCCUCCUACGAAUACGAAAUCCCUGGGGAAGGCGGUGCUGGAGAGGUCCCUGGUGUGAGGGUGGUGAAGGAUGGAGCCAGCUGGAUCCGAUGGUUGCCUCUGAACUCCUCUCACAGAUCCAAGAGGGAGAAUUCUGGGUUGAUGAAGAGGAAUUUUUCAGAGAAUUUGAUGAGAUUACUGUGGGCUUUCCAGUGAAUGAGGAAGGACAACUGCAGAGCCUCUAUACAGAGAAAGUGCUGUAUCACUCUCGGAAUCUUUUUGGAUCCUGGGUGAGAGGCCAGACUGCAGGUGGCUGCCGAAACAACAGCAGCUUCCCCACCAACCCUAAAUUCUGGCUGAGAGUCUGUGAGAAGAGCGAGGUGUGCAUUGCUCUGCUGCAGAAACACAGAAAAUACGGCGCUGACUGGGCUGGAAGAAUUAAAAAUCUGACUCGCUUAGUAGAUGAAAAUCUGUCUUUGACUGAAGGCAUUCAGGAGAAGAAAUAUCAGGCUGUGGGACUGCAUGUCUGGAAGGUGGAGAAGAAACGAUUUAACCUUCCAAAGACCCUCUCUGCUCCUCCAGUUGUAGGUACCGUCUGCCAUUCCUAUGACAGAGAAGUGCAUGUGUGCUGCGACCUUUCUCCUGGGUACUAUCUUGUUGUUCCCAGCACUUUCCUGAAAGAUGCUGUAGGGCAUUUCUUGCUACGUGUAUUUUCUACAGGAAGAAUCUCUCUCAGUGAGAUAAAACCACCACCCCCAGAUGCUGCUCUCACUGAAGAACUCCCAGUAGGUGAAUGGGAAACGCUGCAGCUGGAAGGAUGCUGGAAAAAUGGGCAAAGUGCUGGAGGCAGCAGGAACUUCCCCUCCUUCCAUAUCAAUCCCUGCUUUCCCCUUUCCAUUCCUGCAGGACCAGGAAAAAGCAGUGUGAAAAUCACCCUCCGUCAGCACUGCCAAGACAGCAAGUGUCGUCCAAUAGGUUUUCAUAUCUUCCAGGUACCUAACAGCAGUUGGAAGCCAAACACUUCCUCUUUUCUGCACUUGGAGCCACUGGUGAGCUGUGUACCUCACUGCUAUUCACAGGAAGUUAGCAGACUGUGCAGGCUUCCUGCUGGAAGUUAUGUAAUUAUCCCAUCUACGUACCUGCCCAACACAGAAGGCAGUUUUACAGUGAUCAUAGCAACCAAAAUAGACAGGAAACGCAUUCACAGCAGAGAGACGCUUGGACAAGUACUGCAAGAAGUUUCAUUUACAACUGUGAUGAAAAUGUGAUCUGGAACCCUCGUGCUGACAUUUUGAGACUCAUGGGAAAGCUGAGGAACACUCAGUUCUUGCUGGUUUUGGUUUGGAACAGGGUAAAGAGAAGAAAUUUAUAGCCCAGUUGUUUUUCCACUGGUAACAACUGUCAGGUCUGCAGCAACUUUUCUGUACAAAUACCUCCUUUAUGGUGUGCACUGUAAGCAUAUGUUCUUCCCACGUGUUUUAGAACCAGCACUGUACAAUGGAUCUUCAUCAUGUACCUCAGUUCCUCACAAAUACAGGUGAAGAAUAUGUGCAUGUUUUCAUUUGAGGUGCAUUUUUAGAAGAAAACCAGGAAAUUCAAGUGCAUACUGGAAUAAUAUUGUGGGGAAAAAAACUCAAUCAGGACACCAAAGGGUGAACACAGCAGAAGUAAACUGGAAUCUUUUUCUCACGUAGGACAUACCUCAAGAACCAUCAGAAUAAACUGGAAUAGAGCAAGUCCAAGCUUAUAUCCUACACUGCCAGUCAUACUGCAGAGCACUUUUCUGUGGGCCCUUGGCUGCACCGUGCGAGUGGUAGGGUGAAAAGAGAUUUUUGUUGUGAGUUUUCCUUUGAUGAAUCCCACAGAAGGUGGAGAUAAGACUUGAAAACUUCUAUGAACUGCCAUGUCAGAGUGCUUUCAUAAAUCUGUGAGAAUGCGUUUUGUGCCAGGUACCCCCUGCCCUCACUGCAAGAAAUCUGAAGGUUGAGAGAUUUUUUUUUUCUUCUUGAUUUCUGUUAGAAAGUAUUUGUAAAUCAAGGAGGAUUUUUUUAGAUGUUAUAUUUUCCUCAAUAAAAUUGGAGUAAUGUUUAAGAGUUUUCAAUGUCUUUUAUUAAAAAGGUAGAAAGUAUCUGCGGAUGUCAAGUCUUCAUUUGUUCUGCAGUAGCAAACCUUACAGCAUGUUAAAGCCCUGGGGUUCUCACCAAGUGGGUGGUGGUCAUUGGAAAUGUUAGAGAGGAGAAUGAAGUUUUCCUUUAGUUUUGUUUCUGUGAAAUAAGUGACUUUCCACUUUUGCUUUUGAUGACAUCCCAGCAUAACUUAUGUUUGUCCCUGUUGAAC